AUGAGAAAGAUGAGCCGCUGGCCUCAAACAGGCGUGGCUGCCAUUUUGGGAGGCAGCGAUUUGUUCGGAGAGGAAGACGGGCUUUCUAACUUGGGUCUCUCGGGAUCUCAUUUCGGACUGGCUGUCUCUACUCCUAGACCCUCGAACGGAGGAACGGCUAACCCCAACACCAGUUCCAACCCUUUACACUCGAGUUUCUUGCAGUUGCGUGCCAUACUUACGGAGACCUCCGAUAUCAACACAGUGGACUCGUUGACGAUCCUCCAACCAUUCUUGUUGGCUGUGGAGUCAAGCUCCACAUCAGGAAAUGUCACGGGCUUAGCUCUCAAUGCCAUCACCAAAUUCUUAGACUACGGUGUCAUUGGGUGGCACUCAAAAAAUAUUCAAAACUCGCUUAUACAAAUCACUAGCUCCUUGACACACUGCCGCUUCGAGGCUGCAGACCAAAGCUCAGAUGAUUCCGUCCUUCUCAAGGUCUUGCGAUUGUUGGAGUCCAUUGUUGAUUCAUCCUUCUCAAAACUUCUACCAAAUGCAGUGGUGUCUGAAGUGAUUCAAACGUGUUUAUCCCUUGCAUGCAACAAGCGUCGUUCAGAGGUGCUUCGAAGAGCCGCCGAGAUGGCUAUGAUCUCCAUGACAAUCCGAGUCUUCCUGCGCCUUCGUGAGCUUACCCCCGAAACAACUCAUGUCGAGGAAAUCCCCACAAAUUAUGCCGAGAAUCAAUUACCUGCUGAUGUUAUAGGCGGAACUAGCUCGCCAACAGAAGAUACAAGUGCCGUGGCACAGGAUGGCGCAGAGGCCGACCUAAAGCCACCAACUGUGGACCUUGCCCCAACAUCGCCCAAAAGAAAGCCAUCCAUGACCGAUGAAAAGGAACCACAAUUUGACAUUGUUUGCAUCAACGAAUUCUUCGCCAUUUUGAUCUCCAUGAUCUCACCAACCAACCAAUACCAGCAUAUGGAAAGUACGCGUGUUUUUGCCUUGCUGCUCAUAAAUAUAGCCAUUGAGGUGACAGGCUCUGAAAUCCCCAAACAUCCCUCCUUGAUGGGACUUGUGGCAGACCCGGUCUCCAAGGACGUCUUACAAAUCAUUACCGUUACUGACUCACCUCCUUUGUUACUGGCCGCUUUGAGAUUAUUCUCUACCAUGGCGAUCAUUCUUGGCAAGCAUAUCAAAUCACAGAUUGAACUUACUUUCAAUUUGCUAUUCCAUUCCAUUUUACCCCCUGACCUUUCCAAGGAGAACACCAUCAAGGGCAACAAGAUGGCAAUUUCGACCAGGAUUGCCUCUUCAAAAGAAGCUAUUGUGGAGAGUCUCUCUUUGCUUUGGAUCAGGUCUCCCCAAUUUUUUUCACUGUUGUUUGUCGAUUACGACUGCGACUUUGAGAGAUUCAACAUGGCAUCCGACUUUGUCAACUUCCUUUGCAAAUUAGCCUUACCCGAGGCCGCCGUUAUUUCAACAGACAACGUUCCCCCAAUCUGCUUGGAGGGUAUCCUUUCUUUGGUGUCUGGCAUAAAUGACCGUAUCAAGAAUUCUGAGGGUAAGCACAUUCGCCUGGAUGACCAGCCAUCUCAUCAACUACUCUUGGACAAGGACAAGAAGACAGCAUUUGUGAGGUGUACCGAAAUCUUCAACGACAGUCCUAAGAAAGGAGUCGCUGCGUUUGCGGAGAAGAAGUUCUUGAAUGACCCUAAUGACACUUCUGAAUUGGCAUCUCUUUUAUUCAACAAGUCGGCUCGUCUCAACAAGAAGAUCCUCGGUGAAUACCUCGCUAAACCUUCUAAUACUGAUCUUUUACGAGAGUUCAUGAAUCUUUUUGAAUUCGCCGGUUUGCGAGUGGAUGAGGCAUUGAGACUCUUACUCAAAUCCUUUAGACUUCCUGGUGAGUCUCAGCAAAUUGAGAGAAUAGUUGAGCUUUUUGCGCAAGCUUAUGUUGAAUGUCAGAAGUCAUAUACCCCAGAUGAAUUGACUGAAGAGGAAAAGAACGAGCCGGUCAACCCUGACCAGGAUGCCGUGUUCGUGCUAUCCUACUCGGUAAUCAUGCUCAACACAGACUUGCAUAAUCCACAAGUUAAGAGGCAGAUGGAUCUCGAUUCUUACAAGAGAAAUUUGAAGGGCGUUAACAAUGGAAAAGACUUCCCAGAGUGGUACCUCUCGAAGAUUUACUCAUCUAUUAGAGACCGUGAGAUCAUCAUGCCCGAGGAACACCAUGGUACCGAUAAGUGGUUCGACGAUGUGUGGCAUAAUCUCAUCUCUUCCCAAACAAAAGUGGCUCGCGAUAAAGACAUAUCGUUGAACUCUAUUGACGUUGGCACUUUGUGUCAAUUCGACAAACUAUUCUUUGAAGGCUCAGUUGAUGUUAUUAUAGAAACACUCAUUAAGGUUUUCAAGGAGGCUUCUGACGAUAAUAUCAUCACCAAAUUGAUGUCAUCCAUCGACAAGUGUGCUAAUAUCUGCAUUAACUAUGGUCUAGCUAAGCCUGUGAACCAUCUUAUUGAGGAAUUGACCACCAUUACGCAUCUCACUAGGAAGACAUUCCCCGCCCCACACCCAGAGGAGAAUAUUCGUCGGGAGAUUCCAAUCACUCAGAUUACCAUCGAAAAGAAAGAGGAGCCUAUUAGUAUUAGUGACAUGGCCGUUUACUUUGGCCGUGACUUUAAGGCUCAAUUGGCUGCAGUCGUUCUUUUUAGAUUGAUCAAAAAGUCUGAUUGCAGAGUGAGUCAAUCCUGGGACGGAGUCGUCAAAAUCAUACUCACAUUGUUGGAAAACUGUUUGAUUAACCCUAAUUUGUUUUGCGAAUUCCAGAAGAAGGUCAAUUUGGCUCCCCUUGCCAAAGUGAAACCACGCUUUAUUAUUCAAGGAACAAAGCCAUUGAACAACUCUGGAAUUUUGUCAACAUUCUCAUCAUUUUUGAAGGGGUACUCCGACGAACCUCCUGAGCCUUCAGACCAAGAGAUAGAGUCGACUCUUUCCACCAUUGAUUGUGUCAGAUCAAUCAAUGUUCCUGGUAUCUUUGACACUGUCUCAAAGGGUACUCAAGAAGAGCUCAAGCAGUUCGUGGAUUUGCUUUUGGGCAACUUGCCAGAGUUCUCUGAUGACAAGAAGCGUUUUUACGAAUCUGAGAUCUUAUUCCUAUUCGAAGUCGGCGUUUGCUUCUCCUUGAUUGUGAGCGAGACAGAAGUCACAGAUAAGCUCAUCAGCAAAUUACACGAGUACAUGAAGAAUCACGUCUCAAAGAGAGGCUAUAUGAGACUUUCAACAUACUUGUUUUUGCUCGCAAGACAGAGCGAUCACAGUUACGAGAAGGAAGCAGGAGAGACACUCGAACGUAUCAACAGCUUUGACAGAGAUAUUAUAACAAAACACGGUGCUUCCUUGGUGAAGUCCCUUUUCUCAUUUGUUGAUCAUGACUCCAAAUCGAGACCUUUGAUCCAAACGGAAGGUUUCUGGGAUUUCCUCAAACUCGCUGGUUCCUCAUCAGACCUCGCUGAUGAGGUUUUAGACUUCGUCGAAUCCAUUGUUCAAGAUUCUUCCGAUGAAGUCUCAGACCAAAACCAUAUCUUGUUGUUGGGAUUGCUUGAUGAGGUAUCGUCUCUUGGUGCUGUGGGUGCCCAAUGGGAACAGGCAAGGGACAAUGGCCAGACCGUGAACAACAAACCAGAUGAGGAUUCUGAAGAAAACAAGAAUGUCCAAAAACUCAUUAAGAUUUCAUCGAGGUCAAUUGACCAAACCGGACUCUUAGGAAGCUCCACCAGGAAGCUUUCGUAUCCAUUGAUACAAGCUUUAGCUCAUCAAUGUUUCAACCCCUGCCGCGAGGUGCGUUCACAUGCUAUCACGGUAUUGCAGAAUACAUUGCUUUCGGGAGCAUUGAACGAAAAUUUCACUGCAUUAGGAAUUUACGAGUAUGGGCUCUUCCCUCUUUUAGCUGAACUUGAGAAAGAGGAUGUGAUCACUACCGACAAGAAGGGAUUCCCAGAAACUCAUUCGCAGAUUUUGAAUUUGGUGAGCAAGGUAUUCCUUCAGCAUCACAACGAACUCAAUGAGGAGGAGAGAAAGACGGUUUGGCUAGGAAUUGUGACACAUUUCGUUAGAGUAAACAAGAUGAACUCUGAUCAAGAGAAGAGUUACGUGAAGGAGUCUAGCUUGGAGGUGAUGAAGAACAUGAUUUUGGUCUUACACAACGAAUUCCUUGUUCCGGAUAACAAGGAUUUAUGGGAAUCAACGUGGAAAAAUCUUGAGCAAGUUUAUCCUGGUCUCGAGAAAGAACUUCCCAACAAAUAA